CGGUCGGACGUGUGGGUAGCUAAUCGUGAAGAAUAUCCGUGCUGCUGGUGAAAAGUGGUGCCGUGUUCUCAUUCCUGCCUAUUUGCAUAUUCAAUUUUGCUUCGAGUAGAUAACCAUUGACUGCGAUAAGACACGCGAUUUACCGCUACUAGCUGAACUAGUUUUCAACCGGCAGACGAAGGAGUAAACUAGUCUGAAUUAAUGAAAAGUGCUCUAGUAAGGAGGAUAUAAGCAACAAAACAAAACCAGUGCUUUUGAUGCACGAUAUGAAACGCCGAUAGAAGAGAACAGUGAAACAAAACAAGCGAAGAAAGACGCCAGCAAGUUAACGUUUAAGAAAGUGUUACAAACAAUAUAAUUUCAUAAUCGAAAGAAUAACAGGCAAUUUGCUAGAGUGUACACAGAAGAUUAGGAAGAAUCAAACGAAAACCAAGUGGAAAAGGGAAAAGUGAGAUCGGCUAUUGAGUAACACCUUAAUUGGAGCCGGACGCCACAACCGACGGUAUGAGUGGCGCGAGAAGCUCUCUAGUGCUUUGUGAAUGUCAGUGCUAGUAACUUGAAUAAACGGUCGUUUCGCACCAAUUGAUGUAAGCCUAUCGGUAAUCCGGCGAACAGGGUGUGCCAAAAUGAAGAUGAUGCGUGUUAAAUAUUUGCUAAUGAUCGCGGCGCUGCUCGCACCAAUCAAUGCCCAAGACGAUUCCUUGGCGGGAAGCUUCCUCUCAGGAUUGCUGGACUCGAUCACUAGUACAGAGGAUGCCAAAGGAUGCCCUGGUGUCUGUGUACACACUCUGGCCACACUCAUCUGCUACGAAGUAUUGGAAGACAUUCCGUGUCCGUCUCCUAGUAUGAGAUGCUGCGUUGAAAGUCAAGCCGCAGCGGCGAACAUUUCCACGACGACGGCUCGGCCGAAGACGACGACUACUCCAAAACCAACGACUACUACACCCCAACCCACAACAGAAGAAAAAAUAAAGGAAAAAGAUAAGGAUAGCAAAAAUAAUUCGACUUGUCCUGGUGUAUGUGUGGCAGAUAGAAUUGCAGAGUACUGCGAAGCAUAUCUCACGACACCUGCACUUUGUAAGAGCGGAACAAAGUGUUGCGUUUCAAGGGACAUAUAUCCAGAUAAGCCCCCAGCGGAUCUCUACGUUCCGACGGCCCAUUAUGACAGCAAAGCGAACAAAACUACAACGCCUAAACCGUAUUCGAAGACUACGACGGAUAAGACAGGGUCACAAGAAGAACCUCCGAAAUCAAAAACUAAUCCACCACCCAAACCCACAAAACCAACGCCACCUAAAUACAAAACGACGAUUUCGAGUUCCCAGGGAACCGUUCAUAAAUCCUGCGAAGGAGAAUGUGUUAAUGGACUAUUUGCAUUAUUCUGCGAUGAUGUCGAUAGUGAGGCAUUCUGUCCUAACGAAGGAUCCUGUUGUGUCACUGGAACCGCUGAAGACAAUAAACAGGAACUUGUUACAACCACAAGGAAGCCUGCCACACCGCCACCACUACCUAGAUGCCCAGGUUUCUGUAUGCUGAACAUCAUGGCAGCGUUCUGCGAACGACCAUCGGUUUUGAUACAGCAUACUGCAAAUUGCAAACGUGGAUCAGUUUGUUGUGAUAACACCAAAGUUCCUGUCACCAGAGCUCCACCUAGGCGACCUCCGCCAACAACAACCACAACUACUCAAGCUCCAACAACAACAGCAGCUCCAGAUCCCAGAGAAGAAUGUCCAGGGUCCUGUAUAGUUGGUCUACUGAGUUUCACAUGCUUCCGAAAUGCUGAAAUGACCGAUUUGUUCAAAUGCAAAAAAUCAGGGACCCAAUGCUGCGCUCCAAAGUCUAGAAUUCAAGAAGUUCAAAUGGCAGUCGGUAAAAUAAAACCUAACGAUACGGGUAUCUAUCCCCCUCCACCACAGAAUAUUGCUCAGCCUUACCCAGUGCAACCCCAUCAAGUUCCAAUACCCCAACAGCAACCACCACCACCUAGCUAUGGUCCUCCGGUUCCAAACAACUAUCCGGGGCCAGUGAGUAACAAUAUUUACGAGAUUCCCCCAACGCAACAACCAAUCCACCAACAUUCACAACCCGUGUACGAACCAGUACCAUCAACGACAACGGCCAGGCCUCCAGUUUACUCAAAAUAUGUCUGCGGGGUAAAGGGCACCAGCCGUGCGGCUCGAUCGUUCCUUGAUCGAACAGCUAUGGAACAUUUUGCUGAUCAUCAGACUCGUAAGGGGCGACACAUCGAGAUGGGAGAGAUUUACCGAUCGAAAAGCACAGAACGCUUAGUUCUGGGUCAUAGCAUUGUCCCAAUUCCAAUUAUUUACAGCGAUCACAACGAUACGGUUCCUGAAGAUCUGAGCCAUCAUCCUAGUAUAAGCAGGGCCAACUCAACGACUGUCAAAUAUUGGAACAGUCAUCGACAAGCUCGGGUCGUAGGUGGAGAAGACGGCGACAACGGUGAAUGGUGCUGGCAGGUCGCAUUAAUCAACUCGCUAAAUCAGUACCUGUGCGGUGCGGCACUCAUUGGUACGCAGUGGGUCCUAACAGCGGCGCAUUGUGUGACGAACAUCGUACGAUCGGGUGAUGCAAUCUACGUGCGGGUUGGUGACUACGAUCUGACACGAAAAUUCGGAAGUCCGGGUGCUCAGACGCUCAGGGUUGCGACCACCUACAUCCAUCACAACCACAACAGCCAAACGCUGGACAAUGACAUUGCCCUACUAAAGCUGCACGGGCAGGCGGAAUUAAGAGAUGGUGUAUGUCUGGUUUGUUUGCCGGCCAGGGGCGUAAACCACGCGGCCGGAAAACGGUGCACAGUCACUGGGUAUGGAUAUAUGGGUGAGGCGGGUCCGAUUCCCCUACGGGUUCGCGAAGCAGAAAUCCCAAUUGUAAGCGACGCUGAAUGCAUACGGAAAGUGAAUGCUGUUACGGAAAAGAUUUUCAUACUGCCAGCUUCUAGUUUUUGUGCCGGCGGCGAGGAAGGGAAUGAUGCCUGCCAAGGCGAUGGAGGUGGUCCACUCGUCUGUCAGGAUGAUGGAUUUUACGAACUCGCCGGUCUCGUCUCCUGGGGAUUCGGAUGUGGUCGGGUGGAUGUUCCGGGUGUGUACGUCAAAGUGUCUUCAUUCAUUGGUUGGAUAAAUCAGAUCAUCAGUGUCAAUAACUUAUGAUCGGUGAAAAUAUGAAACCUUCGUUUCAUGAAGAAAGUCUCUGUAAAUUACACUAGAACAGUCUGUAAUUAGAAGAUAAGAAGUACGCAAUAAGUUAAUUUAUUUUUGAUUAUUAGGAUUUCACUCAUUUUAUUUAACUAUAAGAUUUCAUCUGAAACCCGCCCUAAGAACUAUUCUAGCAUUCAUCCUGUAAACUUCACAAAAUUUCAAGUCAACAAUUACUUAAUAAUGCAUUAUGUUGAACAAACUAAUAUACGUUCACGCAAACAAAAAUAAUUUGCAUAAGCAUUUUUUGAAUAUCAUGGAAAAGAUGUCUAUUCAAGUUCCAUUUUAA